AUGGGUAACCACACUGGCAAAGACAGCCACAGUCCUACAGGUUCUCCUCUCGAUUUCUUCCACACGCCUCCUACCACGCCCUCAGAGGACGAGCUGACAGCCAUGGCCUUAUCCUCGCCAGCCGCCUCCUCCAACAAAGCACAGACUCCAUCGGCGGCCGGCAGCGACAUCCCCACCGUCGCCGCGUCUCCAAAUGCAGAGUGGACACAGAAACUGUCUGGGUCCACAGACUGGGCCGUGAUUAGCGUAGAAAGCGUCGCCUCCUCAGAGACGAGCGUGAGCGAUGCAGCAGCCGGACACGGGAAGGCAGCGGCCAGCGAGGCCCCCCCGGCGUCUCUGCCCCUGUCCAGAGACUCCCCCGCGGAGCAGAGCUGGCAGGAGAGAGACAGCGGACUGGAGCCGCAGGAUGCAGCAGAGAGAGCCGAGGAAGAGAUGACCCUGGUCCUGCUCAGUCUGAUGGAGCAUCAGAGGGCCUCGCUGGGCCUCAGCCCCAAAACCGACGUGACCACAGGAGCAGUAGAGCUGCUCAGGCGCUUGAUAACAGAGCGAGACGAGCUGCUGGAGGAGGUGGACACACUGAGGGAGACACUGAGGGCGGAGCGGCUGGAGUGGCGUCAGUUCCAGUGUGACCUGCAGGUCGCCGUGUCCGUGGCCGACCGGCUGCGGAGCGAGUCGGAGCAGGCUCUGGGUCUGCUCCAGGGGCGCCACAGGGCCGUGGAGGAGCAGCUGGCCCUUGCCCUCAGCGGACAGCAGGAGAAAGACGGAGAGCUGGAGAGUCUGAGAGUUGAGCACAGAGAUGUCUGCAGCAAACUCAACGAACUCACGCUACAGCAGCAGCAACAGCGAGCCGAGAUGGAUGCUCUGAGAAACACAUGCGUGGCGAAUGACAGAGCGGAUGGGGGUAAAGUGAUAGAGAGACAAGACUCUACGGAGGAAGAGGACAAACAAAAAGCUGCAGGCCAGACCGAAGCUGAGCAGGAGGUGAAGGAAGCAAAUGGAGGCGUAGAGGCAAAUGGGUCAGGGGACCAGCUGUCGAAGGGGAAGGGGGUAGUGGAGGGAUACCUCCGGAGUUUAGCUGCAAUGGAGAAGAAGAAAGAAGCUGGACGUGGGCCCAGAGAUCCGAGGAGGAUCGUGAUGCUGUCUGAACGAUCUCUACCUCAGGAUGGUUUCAGUGCUCUGCUGCGGCGUCACGGCGGCUCCAGGAGAAACUCCCUGCUGCGCUGGUGCCAAGGUCGUACACAAGGUUACAAGAAUAUUGAUAUCACCAACUUCAGCAGCAGCUGGGAGGAUGGUUUGGCGUUCUGCGCCGUUUAUCACACUUAUUUACCGAGUCACAUCCCCUAUGAGAGCCUGAACCCUGAGGACAAGAAGGUAAAUCUGGACCUCGCUUUUAGGACGGGAGAGAAUGUGGGAGUCACAUCCACACUGACGGUGGAGGAGAUGCUGAGGGCUGGCGGGCCGGACUGGCAGAGGGUCCUGGGCUACGUCGAAAGCAUCUUCCGUCAGUUUGAGAUGUGA